AUGAAACUUACUACAUUUGGUGGUGCUCGUGAUGAAGAUGUUCUACACUGGCUACAAGAUACUGAAUGUAUAUUUGAUCAAGUACAAUUACAAUCAUCGAAUAAAUAUUUGGCUAUUCAAUCUUAUUUGGGUGAUGCUCCUCUUAAAUGGUUUCGUUUUAACAAGUCGAACAUUCCUGAUUGGUCUUCGUUUAAGAUUGCUAUCGUUCAAGCUUAUCAACCAUCACUUAAUUCAACAUUAUUUAAAGUUAAACAACAACCCGCUGUCAAUCAUCAUAAUUUUUCAUCAGCUAUUGAUCCAAAUGGAUCAAAUUCAAAUGAACGUUUCCCACCAUCUCCGGAAAUUGAAACAUCGACAACUCCUGAACCAGUAAUAAAUGAUGAUCAACAUCUCAUUGUUGUCAUUGUGUCUGAACUCUCAUCGCCUUAUCAAUUAGUAAACCAAAAUUUAAUUGAUAAUCCAAUCGUUGAUAAUAUUACACAUGCUUUAUCCUCGACGACUACAAGUAUAUCAUCACCAUCUCUAUUUACAGCUGUAGUUGAUAUUACUUUUGUACAUGAAGAUGAAUUAGAAAAAGUACAAAGUGAUGAAAUUAGUUCAAGUUCGUUUAAUGUUGUUUAUAUGCUUGAUAGUGAACCUAUCUCUAUUAUUAAAUCAGUACAAAAUGAUGAUCAAGUUAAUAAUAGUCAUGCUAAUUGUGCAUUUAUUAAUCAUUGGAUUGAAACAUAUCCAAAUGAUAAAAUAAUUAAUAUUGAUCGGCUUGAUCCUGUUGCAAAUACAAACAAUAUUUCAAAUCCAAAUUCAUCGAACUAUUCUUUAAUUGUAGCAGAUAUUAAAAAUAAAGAUAUUGUUUUACAUCUUUGUAAUCAAUAUAACAUUACACAUAUUAUUCAUUUUGCAGUUCAAGCAUAUCUUGAUAAUUCAUUUGGUAACAGUGUUACAUUUACUGAAUCAAAUGUUUACGGAACUCAUUCGGUUCUUGAAGCAAGUCGAAUUUACGGUAAAAUUCUAAAAUUCAUUCAUAUUAGUACUGACGAAGUUUACGGGGAAGCAUCAUCUGGUAGUAAUCAAGAAAUUUGUCUUCUCAAUCCUCUUAAUCCAUAUGCAGCAACUAUAGCUGCAGCUGAAUCAGAGCUCGGACGAAAGUAUUUGUACUCGUAA